AUAUUGAACGCCACCAUCCAAGAUAUGGAACGCUAUUCUCCUUGCAUGAUCUUGUUCUUUUUGUUGCUCUCUGUUGGAGCUCGAUCACAGAAUGUUAAUGAUAUUAAUAAUCGCAAUACUGAUGCGUCUUCUGUGUAUAUUGUUUAUAUGGGAGCCACCGAUUCCGCUAAUGCUUCCCUUCGGAAUGAUCAUGCCCAGCUCCUGAGCUCUGUGGUCAAAAGGAAUGGGAGAGCUCUAGUACACAAUUAUAAACAUGGGUUCUCAGGGUUCGCGGCUCAUUUAUCCCAAGAGGAGGCAGAUUCGAUCGCUAAGAAACCUGGAGUGGUGUCUGUGUUCAAGGAUCCAGUUCUGAAGCUUCACACUACUCGUUCUUGGGAUUUUCUCGACCAUCAAACUCAAGUCAAAAUCGACUCUGUUUCUGCUUCUGCUGCUUCUUCUGACACCAUCAUUGGCAUCUUAGACACAGGGAUAUGGCCAGAGGCGGCGAGUUUUUCAGACAAUGACAUGGGUCCCAUUCCAUCUCGUUGGAAAGGUACCUGCAUGAAAGCCCCAGACUUUGAUUCUUCCAACUGUAACAGGAAGCUAAUAGGAGCAAGGUACUACAAGGAUGGUAACAGCGAUGAGGAUGGCACGGCAAGAGAUACUGUUGGCCACGGCACCCAUGUGGCAUCUACGGCGGCGGGGAACGCCGUGGCUGAUGCGUCUUACCAUGGUCUAGCGACCGGCAGCGCGAGGGGUGGGUCCCCUGCUUCCAGGUUGGCAGUAUACAGGGUGUGCUCCGACUUUGGAUGUCAAGGCUCCGCCAUCCUUGCCGCCUUCGACGACGCCAUUGCCGACGCCGUUGACGUCCUCUCUCUCUCCCUAGGUGCCCCUUACUACGCCCGACCCGCCUUGACAUCGGAUCCCAUCGCCAUCGGAUCCUUCCAUGCCGUCGAGAGAGGCAUCACCGUCGUCUGCUCUGCCGGCAAUGAUGGCCCCACCUCAAACACCGUUUCCAACGACGCUCCCUGGAUUUUGACCGUCGCUGCCUCCACCCUCGACCGCGAUCUGCAGUCCGACCUAGUUUUGCCUGAUAACAAAGUUAUCAAGGGUGAAGGAAUCAACUUCUCUAAUCUUUCAAAAUCCGCCGUGUAUCCAUUGGUAUAUGGCGAGUCCGCCAAGGCAGCAAACGCCGACGCCGCUGCAGCGAGACAAUGCCACCCGGACACAUUGGAUGAGAGCAAAGUGAAAGGGAAGAUUGUAAUAUGUGAUGGCAAAAGUGAUGAUUAUUCGACGAGUGAAAAGAUUAGCAUUGUGCAAGAGGCUGGAGCAGUAGGAUUGGUUAACGCUGAUGAUCAGGGUAGAUAUGUGGCAUCUAACUUUGGUAAAUUUCCGGCCACCGUUAUAAGUUCAAAAGAUGAAGUCACACUUCUCCAGUAUCUCAACUCUACCAGCAACCCGUUGGGAACCAUUUUACCAACAGUUUCAGUCAAUAAUUUUAAACCUGCACCACAAGUAGCGUACUUCUCGUCAAGAGGGCCUUCAACAGUCUCGAAGAACAUCAUCAAGCCUGAUAUCACAGCACCAGGAGUUGAAAUACUGGCAUCAUGGACUGGGGAUGAUUCUGAAGAGGUUCCAGCAGAAGGGAAAAAGGCCUCAUCUUUCAACCUUGUCUCGGGAACUUCCAUGUCCUGCCCUCAUGUUUCAGGUGUCGCUGCCACUGUCAAAUCUCGAAACCCCGCUUGGUCUCCCUCUGCCAUUAAAUCAGCCAUCAUGACCUCAGCUAUUCAGAUGAACAAUAUGAAGGAACCCAUAACGACAGAUUCAGGAACAGUGGCGACACCUUACGAUUACGGGGCUGGAGAAGUCUCAACGCUGGGCUCUUUGCAACCAGGCCUUGUUUAUGAGACCACCACCACAGAUUAUUUGAACUACCUCUGUUACAUCGGCCUUAAUAUCUCCUCCAUUAAGCUCAUCGCCGGCACCGUCCCGGAUGGUUUUGCUUGUCCCAAGGAUUCCACAUCUGAUAACAUCUCAAACAUAAACUAUCCUUCCAUAGCAGUCUCUAACUUUAAAGGCACCAGCAAAAUAACCAGAACCGUCUCAAACGUAGGCGAAGAUGAAGAAACUGUGUACACCGCAGUUGUGGAGGCUCCUAGCGGUGUGGACGUGAAGGUAAGUCCGAAUAAACUUCAAUUUACCAAGAGCAGUAAAAAACUGAGCUAUGAAGUUAGUUUCUCCGCGACGGCCUCCGUGAAAGAAGCGGUGUUUGGCUCCAUUACGUGGAGCAAUGGCAAAUAUAAUGUUCGAAGUCCUUUUGUAUUGACCAAGUAGUAAAACUUGGCAGCUACAAGUAAAUGGAGUAAUAAAUGUGUUUAGCCAAAACUGGAUACCUGGGUGGUUUAUACUUCAUACGAAGUAGCAGAACUCGCAUAACAUGUUGCUAGGCAGGUUGCUAAAUAUAUCGAUCCCUGUAUUGGUUGGCUGGCUGGCUAAAUACUAAAUAGAUCAUCCAGGAUCUUUGUAUCAAAUGAAAUAUCUAUAGUCGCUCUCCUUCUUGGGCAAA